AUGUUCCAUGUAAUUUUCCCUUUUCUUCUUUGUGGCCAGAUUUAUUCAGGUAAUUGCUAAAAUCAAACAUUAAAAUAUGGUUGAACCGAUUUCCAGCAAGCUCUCUUCGAAUCGCAAUAGUUGGAGAAGGCGUAAUAGGACUAAGCACAGCAACAGCGAUUCUUGAUUUGGUGGAGAAAGAGAACAUUACAUCACCGGUGAAUUUUAAGUUUAGAAAUAUUAUUUUCAAAAUCGAAUUUGCAGAGCGUCCAAAUCUUCCAUCACAAGCCAUUCGAAAAAAUACUCAGUCGCCAUAUCGCAGGUCUAUUCCGCAUCGAUAGUGGUUCCGAGAUUAAUAAAAAGUAUGGUUAUGAUACAUUCGAAAAACUAGCGACUCUGUGGAGAGAAUAUGGAGGACUCAGUGGUGUACAGCUGUAUCUGGGCAUAUUUUGUCAGAUUCGAAAGCGCGGUUGGACUCUCAACGUGUUGCGUACGGAAGUCUAGUGUACAACUAUCGAGAUUUAACCGAACCUGAACUUUUUGGACCUACUUCGUUGUUUGAUUUGCCCAGAAACACUUCAACACGUGGAAUUCAUUAUACUGCAUACACAUCGGAAGGCAUUAGAUUUUGUCCUUUCUUGAAAAGAGAAUUGAUCGCGAAAGGAGUUCGAUUCACUCAGCGAAGAAUCGAAAGUUUGGAAGAACUGGGUGUUGAAUUCGAUGUUGUUAUCAAUGCAGCUGGCCUUUUUGGAGGUGUACUUGCUGGUGAUGAUGCGGGAAACAUGAAACCGGUUCGAGGAGUUCUAAUUCGAGUUGAUGCACCAUGGCACAAGCAUUUCCUGUACAAAGACUUCACCACCAUCACGAUUCCAGUGCAAGUAUCAGUGAUUUGUAGUUUGAAUAAAUAUAUAACAAUUUUAGGAUUGAUUCAGUCUAUAUGGGUACAGUUAAACAAGAAGGAGCUUUUGGACCGAACAAUGUGACAUUUGAUGACAUUCAAGACGUAACUAAUCGAUACGUGGCACUUCAGCCAUCUUUCAAAGUGACAUAUAGUUUUGCGAACAUGACCAAAUUUAUAAUUAAAAAAAAUUUGUAGCGUGUACACAUGCUUUCAUCUUUUGUUGGUUAUCGCCCUGGUCGCAAGCAAGUACGUGUCGAGAAACAGAUUAGAGAAGCUUUUGGAACUAAGAAGUUUAUGGUAAUAACCUUUUUUUGAAGUUUUGUUUCAAUGGUGUGAUUUUGAAGGAAGGACGUUUCAUUUCAAACUUCCAUAUACCACCAAUUUGUCACUAACUCAAUACUUUAAGGUUGUACACAACUAUGGUCACGGAGGCAACGGCUUCACUCUUGGUUACGGUAGUGCACUAUACGCCGCUCGUCUUGCUUUAGAUCUACCUAUUGAUGAAUACGUGGGAAUCGUCCCAGACCCACUCCACAUCAAUGCAUCAGUAGCUGACUGGGUACAAAUUCUUGAUGAUUAG